AUAACGCAGCAGCUCUGUCUGGAGCAUGCCCUUGAAAACGAAGCUUUGCUGCUCCGGAUGAUCACAGGAUCACAGGGAAUUCACCCUCCACCAGUUCAGCACUCUGAAUCCAGCCUCACCUGUGAGCUCCCCUGGGACAUCAUCACCCUCAGGGCCCUGCAUGGACGUUGCUGGGAGGUGGCAGCAGAAGAGGACAGGGAGACCCUGAUGCACUGACAGGCAACCAUGUCUGGGAAGCAUUGGCCUCCCGGGACACAGUGUGUCACCAAGCACGACCACACCAAGCCCAAGGCCCAGGAGCUGGCUUUCCACAAGGGUGAUGUGGUCACCAUCAUUGAAGCCGUGGAGGGCAAGGGCUGGUACCGUGCCAAGCACAACGAGACGGGGCAGGAGGGGCUGCUGGCGGCCAGCGCGCUGCGGCAGCGAGGAGCCAUCCGCAUCGACCCCAAGCUCAGCCUCAUGCCCUGGUUCCACGGGAAGAUCUCGGGGGUGGAGGCGGUGCAGGAGCUACAGCCCCCCGAGGAUGGUCUGUUCCUGGUGCGUGAGUCCGUCCGGCACCCCGGGGACUAUGUGCUGUGCGUCAGCCGCGGCGGCGCCGUGAUCCACUACCGCGUGCUGCACCAGGACAGCACCCUCAGCAUCGACAGCCAGCACUACUUCUCCAACCUCAUCGACAUGAUCGAGCACUACAUGAAGGAGCAAGGAGCCCUCUGCACCAAGCUGGUGAAGCCCAAACCAAAACCUGGAACAAAGUCAGCCAAGGAGGAGUUGGCCAAAGCUGGCUGGUUGCUGAACCUGCAGGACCUCACACUGGGAGAUCGCAUCGGGCAAGGCGAGUUUGGAGACGUCCUGCAGGGCAGUUACAUGGGGCAGAAGGUGGCUGUGAAGAACAUCAAGUGUGAUGUGACCGCCCAGGCCUUCCUUGCCGAGACAGCUGCCAUGACGAAGGUUAGGCACAAAAACCUGGUGUGCUUGCUGGGCGUGAUCCUGCACAACGGCCUCUACAUCGUCAUGGAGUUCAUGGGCAAGGGCAACCUGGUGAACUUCCUGCGCACACGGGGCCGAGCUCUUGUCCCAGCCCGGCAGCUCCUGCUCUUUGCUCUGGACGUGGCUCAGGGUAUGGACUACCUGGAGUCCAAGAAGCUGGUGCACAGGGACCUGGCUGCCCGCAACAUCCUCAUCUCUGAGGAGAACGUGGCCAAAGUGAGCGACUUUGGCCUGGCCAGAGUCAACCCCAAGGGCGCAGAUGGCACUUUGCUGCCAGUCAAGUGGACGGCCCCAGAGGCCCUGAAACAUAACAAAUUCUCCUCCAAGUCAGACGUGUGGAGCUAUGGGAUCUUGCUGUGGGAAACCUUCUCCUUCGGCCGAGCACCGUACCCCAAGCUGAGCCUGAAGGAGGUGACAGAGCUGCUGGAGCAGGGGUACCGCAUGGAGCCCCCCGAGGGCUGCCCUCCCACCAUCUAUGCCCUGAUGAGGAGUUGCUGGGACACGGAGCCAGGCAAGCGUCCGUCCUUCAAGAAACUCACAGAGAAGCUGCAGAAGGAGCUGAAGCACCUGAGGGAUGUUUAAUCCCCAUCCUGCUCCCAGGACCUGUGACCACAAGCCCUGGACCUGCUGGAGUUGGGAGCAGCACAGAGAGGGGUGGCCAAGUAGUAGGGUGGCUCACAGUGCCACUCUCUCCUGGUGGACAUAGGGCAGCAGCUGGGGAGAAGGCUCUCUGCCCCUGGGAUGCCUGAAGAGAAGCCAAGAGCUUCCCUCCGUCCUGGCACACGUCCUUCCCACCACACAGGCCAGAGAAGCUUCCCAUGGAUCUCCCCUGACCCGCCAGGGACCAUGCCCCACAUACCCCAUGCUCAGCCCUGGGCAAUGGGUGCCACAUGUGGCAUCCCUUCAAGCUGCCCCUUCUGCUGAUAGCUGCCAGGAGGCAACAUCUCAGCUCACUGGAGGAUGAAGCCCUAGACCCACAUGGCAGACACACUCCAGCCCCACACAGGGACACUGGGCACAGGGAGCUAAACCACAGGGAUUUGGGCUUUUUGAUUAAACCAAAGAAAUUAGUUCAACAGCAUCUUUAAGCCUCUGGGCUCAAAUUAGGCCUAUCCCUCCCUUGCAAAGCCCAGUGAAAGGCUUAGGGGGGCCCAGGAGUUCCAGCCCUCAGAGCCCCCCACACUCAGCCCAACCCCUUUCCCCAGGGAUUAUUCCAUUAAUCAGUGGCUGUGUGGGAAUUGCCUGCACUCAACUCUUAGAGACAUGCAGUGGGAAGCCCCCAGCCCUGCAGCUCCUAAGCAAUCUCCACAGUGAAGCUGGGAUUAAUGGGGGCACAGGGCUACACAUGCACAUUGUGCACCCUGCCCCUGCCUCCUC